GGCUACGCCGCCAUUUUGGAGUCUUCCCUAAGGAUUUUCUACCGGCUUUCCGAACCGUUGUCGCGUCCGCUACCCGCACCCUUGCUGGGCAGGAUGAAUGUGAUAGACCAUGUGCGGGACAUGGCGGCCGCGGGGCUGCACUCCAACGUGCGGCUCCUCAGCAGCUUACUACUUACGAUGAGUAAUAACAACCCUGAGUUAUUCUCCCCAUCUCAGAAGUACCAGCUUUUGGUGUAUCAUGCAGAUUCUCUCUUUCAUGAUAAGGAAUAUCGGAAUGCUGUGAGUAAGUAUACCAUGGCUUUACAGCAGAAGAAAGCCCUGAGUAAAACUUCAAAAGUGAGACCUUCAACUGGAAAUUCUGCAUCUACUCCACAAAGUCAGUGUCUUCCCUCUGAAAUCGAAGUGAAAUACAAAAUGGCUGAAUGUUAUACAAUGCUAAAACAAGAUAAAGAUGCGAUUGCUAUACUUGAUGGGAUCCCUUCAAGGCAAAGAACUCCCAAAAUAAACAUGAUGCUGGCAAACCUGUACAAAAAGGCUGGACAGGAACGCCCUUCAGUCACCAGCUAUAAGGAAGUGCUGAGGCAGUGCCCAUUAGCACUUGAUGCCAUUCUAGGUUUGCUGUCCCUUUCUGUAAAAGGUGCAGAGGUGGCAUCAAUGACAAUGAACGUGAUCCAGACAGUGCCUAACUUGGACUGGCUUUCUGUGUGGAUCAAAGCAUAUGCUUUUGUGCACACUGGUGACAAUUCAAGAGCAAUCAAUACCAUCUGUUCACUAGAGAAAAAGUCCUUAUUGCGAGAUAACGUGGACCUCCUGGGAAGCUUAGCAGAUCUGUACUUCAGAGCUGGAGACAAUAAAAAUUCUGUCCUCAAGUUUGAACAGGCACAGAUGUUGGAUCCUUACCUGAUAAAAGGAAUGGAUGUAUAUGGCUACCUCCUGGCACGAGAAGGGCGGCUGGAGGAUGUGGAGAACCUUGGCUGCCGCCUUUUCAAUAUUUCUGAUCAGCAUGCAGAACCCUGGGUGGUCUCCGGGUGUCAUAGCUUCUAUAGCAAACGCUACUCCCGGGCCCUCUAUUUAGGAGCCAAAGCCAUUCAGCUGAACAGUAAUAGUGUUCAGGCUUUGCUACUUAAGGGAGCGGCACUGAGGAACAUGGGCAGAGUCCAGGAAGCAAUAAUCCAUUUUCGGGAGGCCAUACGGCUUGCACCGUGUCGCUUAGAUUGUUAUGAAGGUCUCAUUGAAUGUUAUUUAGCCUCCAACAGUAUUCGUGAAGCCAUGGUGAUGGCUAACAACGUUUACAAAACUCUAGGAGCAAAUGCACAGACCCUUACCCUUUUAGCCACCGUUUGUCUUGAAGACCCAGUGACACAGGAGAAAGCCAAAACUUUAUUAGAUAAAGCCCUGACUCAAAGGCCGGAUUACAUUAAGGCUGUGGUGAAAAAAGCAGAACUACUUAGCAGAGAACAGAAAUACGAAGAUGGAAUUGCUUUGCUGAGGAACGCACUGGCUAAUCAGAGUGACUGUGUCCUGCAUCGGAUCCUAGGAGAUUUCCUUGUAGCUGUCAAUGAGUAUCAGGAAGCAAUGGACCAGUAUAGUAUAGCACUAAGUUUGGACCCCAAUGACCAGAAGUCUCUAGAGGGGAUGCAGAAGAUGGAGAAGGAGGAGAGUCCCACGGAUGCCACUCAGGAGGAGGAUGUGGACGACAUGGAAGGGAGUGGGGAAGAAGGGGACCUGGAGGGCAGCGACAGUGAGGCGGCCCAGUGGGCCGACCAGGAGCAGUGGUUCGGCAUGCAGUGAGGGGCGGCAGCUCCAGGGCCGCACUGGCCUCCCUGCUCCGAGCGCUUCCGUGGACCGAAGGACCGUAGGAGCCCGCUCUCGGGAGGACAGUGACUCAGCAUGCAAUCACAGCAGGGCUCUGCUCCUCGCUCCCAAGUCCUGGUCGUGACUUCAUUUUAACACUGAGCCUGGCCAGCCUUCCAUGCAUCUCCAUCCUCCCCUGCUCCAGCCAGGGAGGACUGAGGGAGCACUCGGAGGCCCACACCCAAGCCGGGGCUUCUGGGCCAAGAGUGCUUUUUACAUAACUUAUUUCUAAAUCCGAAAGUUCAAGGAAUAGACAGUGUCUUGUCUGUGACAUGGGUGGGUUGGAAGGAAUUUCCCACCAUCCCACAGCAAGUACCAUCUUCCCAAGUUGGACAGCAGCACGAUUGGGCCCUUUUAGAGAGGGACUCCUGUUCCCAGAAGUCAUCGUCCUGGGCUGUCCACACUUCCCUAGUAAUUUUGCUUCCUUCUUCAAUGUUAGUAAUGCCUUAAGCUGACAGUUGCUGUUUUGCAGAACAGUUUUCUUAUUUGCUGAGGUGGUAACUUGCCUCUGAGCGUGGGCCAACCUGAGCAGCAGGUGGGAGAGAUCAUGAACAGAGGUGCACCUGGGGCCGCUCAUGAAUAAAACUGUUUUGUACUGUCAUGGUGUUGGGGUGAUUAGAGUGGAAGCCCCUUUAUAGACUCUUUAAGUUUUUGAAUUCUUAUCUAGAAUGUAUUGAUUCAGCCCCAGAAUUUUUUGCCAUAAAUAGACUCCCUAUCUUCCCCUAGUAUUAGGAACCAGGUACGUUGGAAACCUCAGGUGAUACCAUGCUGAUGCAUCAUUUGCAUUUUUGGGUGGUAAAUUUUCCUGGAACCUGAGAGUCUUUGGCCAGAUUUCAGACCAAGUCUGCCUGACUCUUUCAUGGGGACUCUGAGGUCGGUGUUGGGGUCAGCUUUCUGUCAUAGGCUCAGAAUGUCAUAGGCUCUGUCAGCCUGGAAUGUCUAUGGGUGCUCAAAUGCUGGGAAGCUGUUCAACCACUCUCUCCCCCUUAAGAUGUGACACCUUUUUAAGUAUACAAUUCAUUGAGGUGAAGGGAGGGAAUGUCACAGUUAACCCCAAG